GUGUGGUGGAUCCUUAGCUUCUUUGUUGACGAUCAAGCACGUUGCAUUGUCGUGGUGCAAGAUACAAAACCUCCACAAGACUACACAGCUGCCAGGUCUAAUCACACACACACACGGGAACCAUUGAUCAGCACACAAGAUGACCAGAUCGCAAUCUACAGCGCGAAAAAAGGUGCCUAAAAAGAGAAAGAAAGUUGCCCCAAAACUUGUCUCGACAAGACCGAAUAGAACGCAACCAACUGCUCAUGGUUCCAAUACCUCACAAGAAGACACUCAACCUCCUGAUGACCAAUCCAUCCCAUCUACUUCUACCGACAAUGUCAAUGUAAUUUCACCAACAGCAACUACAAAAACCCGCCCCCUCCAAGCUCUUAGCCAAUCUCACAGUGUACCGUUGCCAACACUACCGAGUGAGGGGGCUAGCAACAGCAUCCCCACACCACUGCAAUUGCCUGAGGCAGAACUGAGUGUGGGCGAACUCUUUACAGACGAACAAACGGAAACGAUUGUCAAUCAAGGCGAGGGAAUUGGUGUUGAACUUUUGGUCCCUCAAACUACAUCGCCACUGGAUACGACUAAAACCAACAGAACUAUUGAUAAAGAAGCUAAUCGAAAGCCACUCUGUCAAGAUGAUGUUACCACUAAAGAAAAGGAUGGACGAUCUACGAGUGUGUCUACAACUGGGGAGGCUACUUCCGUUGAGGGGACUGUUGCGGAGAGGUCAGAGGUCGUUGCUAGUGGAAACACGGAGGUGACGGCUGGUAAAGAUGGGACUGGUAGCAAGAAAAAGUCACCCCCAAGGUCGAGAUCAAGCAGAAAGCGUAGACGGUCUGAGUCACGUGAGCAGGAGUCAUGUGAGAAGGAGUCCACUCCUCCCCCAGCUAGGAGGCGGAGACAACCUGUUGCCAAGGAGAGGAAGGCACCGGACAGGUCCACCAUGACAAUGCAGGAGCUCAUCUAUUACAACCCAACGGCUAACCCUAUGCAAGCUGCUAGAGAGGAUAGGGAGAAACGACGAGGCUCCACUGCCACACCCAGCCCGGAGAAGGACACACCCACUCAGCAGUCGGAAACCUGUCAGACCACCAGUCCAACCAAUAGCGAGGGUAAAGAGGAGAGGAUCGUCCCUCAACUAAGGAUUGGGAACGAUGGCAACAUUAUCAUUGAUGAAUCUAGUAUGAUGAUGUCUACCACUCAGACUGCCAGCCCUUACAGUGAGGCGGUAGAGGAGACGAGUGGUCAGGUGACCUCUGAUUCGUUCAGGAAGUGCUACAAGAUAACACGAUGGUCAAAAGAUGAAACUGGUAAAUUCUUCAAGGCACUGAGCCACGUGGGGACUGACUUCACCAUGAUGACUCUACUAGUGCCCAACAGGUCACGGAAAGAGCUCAAGAACAAGUUUAAGAGGGAGGAGAAGAAGAGUCCGCAGCUCAUUGCUCAAGCGUUAAGUAAGUUGUUGAAGGUAACAUUGUGUCAAGGAGGUAUAUAUAGCGGCAAAGCAACUCACCUCGAUCCCUGUAGCUCUAAUGUCAGGGAAUGCACAGAGUGUUAUGCUGUGUUUGUGCUAUACAUGUCUCUGUAGGCAGGUCCCUGUUACAGCCUGUUGGUGUAUACCUGCAUUCCUUAUUACAGCCAUUGUUGAAGGUUGCCUCUAUACUAGGACUAUGCAAUUUGUAUGUGUGUACUGUGUACUGUGUGUGUGUACUGUGUGUACUGUGUGUGUGUGUGUGUACUGUGUGUGUACUGUGUGUGUGUGUGUACUGUGUGUACUGUGUGUGUGUGUGUGUACUGUGUGUACUGUGUGUGUACUGUGUGUGUGUGUGUACUGUGUGUGUACUGUGUGUGUGUGUGUACUGUGUGUGUGUGUGUGUGUACUAUAGCUGUGUGUGUGUGUACUGUGUGUGUGUGUGUACUGUGUACUGUGUACUGUGUGUACUAUAGCUGUGUGUGUGUGUUCUGUGUGUGUGUGUUCUGUGUGUACUGUGUACUGUGUACUGUGUGUACUAUAGCUGUGUGUGUGUGUGUACUGUGUGUACUGUGUGUGUACUGUGUGUACUGUGUGUACUGUGUGUACUGUGUGUACUAUAGCUGUGUGUGUGUGUGUGUGUGUGUGUGUGUGUACUGUGUGUGUGUGUGUGUGUGUGUGUGUGUGUGUGUGUGUGUGUGUGUGUGUGUGUGUGUGUGUGUGUGUACUGUGUGUGUGUGUGUGUGUGUGUGUGUGUGUGUGUGUGCGUGCGUGCGUGCGUGUGUACUAUAGCUGUGUGUGUGCACGUGUUUUCUUACACUAAUUAUCACUGCUAUAUAGUUUGUCAUUAAUAACUUACCUCUCUCCUCAGCUACCAACUACUAAUAUGGAGUGUGUGUUUUGAUCUGUUGUCUUCUUUGUCCCCACACAGAAAACCAAAUCAAGGUGACAAAAGUGGCGUCUUGAGGGAAUUAGAAACAGUCUAUAGUUACGUCUGUGGAACAGACUAUUGAUGAUUCUUGAUUGCUCUUGAUUAAUUAGUGCACUGCACACGAACUUCUGGCAAGCACCAUUAAAUUACUUCAUUCAUUGUCUCCCGUUUCAUUCAAUGUGAUUUUUUUUAAUUUAGUCCGAUCUCUUUUUAAUGGAACCACCAAUUCACAAUAAUUAUACAUUCAACAA